AUGGAUAUAAAAGAGAGAAAAGAGAAGAUGGAGCAGAUAGCCAAGCGAAGGUUCUUCUACACACAGAGUUUUGAGUCCUAUGGCGGAGUUUCAGGCUUCUUUGACUACGGGCCCAACAUGUGCGCGCUCCAAAACAACUUUAUAUCGCUGUGGAGGAGGCAUUUUGUGCUAUCGGAGAACAUGCUCGAGGUGGACACGGCAAUUAUCACGCCGUUUGAGGUUUUAAAGAGCAGCGGGCACGUGGAGAAGUUCACAGACCUGAUGUGCUCAGACGAGGUCACAGGGGACGUGUACAGAGCAGACCAUCUAGUAAAAGAGUACCUGCAGAAGGAGGCAGAGGGCAGAAGCGAGGAGGAGAGAAGAGAGAUGCUGAUGCAGGCAGAUAUGAUCGACUCUUUUGGGCAGGAAGAGCUGCAGAGCAUCAUAAACAAGCACGGGAUUAAAAGCGAGAACAAAAACAGCUUGACGCCCAUUGCCCCGUUCAACCUCAUGUUCAACACCAUUGUGGGCCCUGGAGGGAAGACAAAGAGCUUCCUGCGGCCUGAGACAGCGCAGGGGCAGUUUCUCAACUUCAAAAGACUCCUGGAGAACAACGGAGACAAAAUGCCCUUUGCAAGCGCGUCUGUUGGAAAAGCCUUCAGAAACGAAAUAAGCCCGCGCACAGGGCUUUUCCGGGUUCGAGAGUUUUUGAUGGCGGAAAUAGAGCACUUUGUGCACCCAGAUGAGAAGAGGCAUCCUAAGUUCGAAAAGCUGAGCAGGGUGGAGCUUCCUCUUCUCUUCAGGCCAAAAGACUCUGCAGACGAAAACCAAACCAUCAGCCACUUAAAGAUGGGAGAUGCCGUGGAGAAGGGCAUAGUGAACAACGAGACCCUGGGGUACUUCAUAAUACGUGUGUACGAGUUUUUGGUGAAGAUAGGAAUACCAAAGAGCGCGAUUCGCAUUCGGCAGCAUCUUCCUACAGAAAUGGCGCACUAUGCCACAGACUGCUGGGAUGUUGAAAUAGACACGGCCUUUGGGUGGGUUGAGUGCGUGGGCAUUGCGGACAGAGCCUGCUACGACUUGUCAGUGCACAGCAAAAAAACAGGCGACAAACUGGUGGCCAGAAGAAGACUGCCUGCCCCUGUUGUAGAAAAGAAGACUGCAGCUGUAAUCAACAAGAAAGAGAUAGGAGUCAAGUUCAGAGCACAGGCGCAGAAGGUCAUACAGCAGCUUGAGGAGAUGGGAGCAGAGGAGAUGGCAGAAAGAAAGGUGUCCAGCGAUGAAAUAGAGGUAGAGAUAGAAGGAGAGAAGCUCAGAACAAAGAUACAGGAGAUAGAGAUAGUAAGGCACAUUGAAGAGUACAUACCGAGUGUGAUCGAGCCUUCUUUUGGAAUUGGCAGAAUUCUGUACGCGCUCCUGUGGCACUCUUUCUGGAUGCGGGAGGACGAUGAGCAAAGGGCUGUGUUCAGCUUUAGGCCUGGGAUGGCGCCUGUCAAGUGCAUGAUCCUGCCUCUGCAGGAAGAAGAAGGGUUUUCAUCAACGAUGCAGUCUCUGAAAGAAAGCAUAGUUGAUUUGGGCAUCAGCUGCAACCUAGACGAAAGCAAGGCCUCAAUCGGGCGAAGAUACUCGAGAGCAGACGAGGUGGGCAUACCCUUCUGCAUCACUGUGGACUUUGAGACUCUGCAGGACUCCAAAGCUACCCUGAGAGAGCGAGACAGCACAAAACAGAUACGAAUUCUCAUUGUGGAUGUUCCCAGCGCUCUGAAUCGGCUGGUCAGAGAAGAGGAAACAUUCGCAGAGCUGGAGGCCCAGUAUUCAAAAUCAGAAUAA